AUGGCCAGCAACCUGUCUUUCGUCCUCAACAAGCCCGGCGACGUCACCUUCGAGGAGCGCCCCAAGCCCACCCUCGAGGACCCCCACGAUGUCCUCGUCGCCAUCAACUACACUGGUAUCUGUGGCUCCGACGUCCACUACUGGGUCCAUGGCUCCAUUGGCAAGUUUGUCGUCACAGACCCCAUGGUCCUGGGCCACGAGUCGGCCGGUACCAUCGUCGAGGUCGGCGAGAAGGUGAAGACCCUCAAGGUCGGCGACCGAGUCGCCCUCGAGCCCGGAUACCCUUGCCGCCGCUGCACCAACUGCCUUGCUGGCAAGUACAACCUCUGCCCCGAUAUGGUCUUUGCCGCCACCCCUCCCUACCACGGCACCCUCACCGGCUACUGGCGCGCCCCGGCCGACUUUUGCUUCAAGCUGCCCGAGAACGUCUCCCAGCAGGAGGGUGCUCUGAUUGAGCCCCUCGCUGUUGGUGUCCACAUCGUCAAGCAGGCCAAUGUCAAGCCUGGUGACUCUGUUGUCGUCAUGGGUGCCGGUCCUGUCGGUCUCCUCUGCGCCGCUGUCGCCCGCGCCUACGGUGCCUCCAAGAUUGUCAGCGUCGACAUUGUCCAGUCCAAGCUCGACUUUGCCAAGGACUUUGCUGCUACCCACACCUAUGCCUCGCAGCGCGUCUCCCCCGAGGAGAACGCCAAGAACAUCCUCGAGCUCGCCGGCCUCCCUGAUGGUGCCGACGUUGUCAUUGACGCCAGCGGUGCCGAGCCCUCGAUCCAGGCCAGCAUCCACGUCCUCAAGGUCGGUGGCAGCUACGUGCAGGGCGGCAUGGGCAAGUCUGACAUUACCUUCCCCAUCAUGGCCAUGUGCAUCAAGGAGGCCACCGUCAGCGGAUCGUUCCGAUACGGCCCUGGUGACUACCCUCUGGCCAUCGAGUUGGUUGCCACUGGCAAGGUUGACGUUAAGAAGCUCGUGACGGGCAUUGUCGACUUCCAGCAGGCCGAGGAGGCCUUCAAGAAGGUCAAGGAGGGUGAGGCGAUCAAGGUGCUGAUCAAGGGUCCCAAUGAGGAGUAAGAAGAGACUUGCAGCGACUGAAAUGAAUGAGACGUGGAAUUGCAAAAGACGGAUCGGACAGAGCAGUCAGCGGAAGAAAGGACAAAAAACACAGUAAAAUGAAAAAAACACUCAAAAGACAGAGCGUUUCCCUUGGUUAGAAAGGGCUUACAUCAUGGAAGCUCAGGGGAAUGAGCCAAAGAACGAGGCGGCGGCGGCGGCGGCGGCGGCAGGGCGGGAGAGAGUCGAGGCGUCAAGGUUUCCAAACAUGACAGUCAUGACUUGACGUCUCAACGGUCGCGCUUUUAGUUUUGGUUUCUAGUUGAGGUCUAGUCUUGGUCUAGCACAAGGCACGGAUGUUGCCUUGGUCGUUUCCGGCGAGACAGGCGCC